UCACUCCCUCUAAAAACCGUCGUCUCUCCGUCCAACUUUGCAUUUUCCAUGCAAACGCCACUGACGUUAGAAACCUGAUCCAUUGACAAUGGGAAUACUACAACUACCACCUUACCACCAGAUCAUUCAAUCAUGGUAGCCACCCCUUCUGCCCAAAUCCACCAUCCCUCCGCCUUCACCCCCAUCCGCCACUCCUUUUUCUGGUUCGUAAUCACUACGCUCUUCCUCUACCUCCUCUACUCUUCCAAUCUCCUCCUUAAUCAAACCACCAAAUCCAUCCCCACCUCCGAAAACGUCCAAAACACCACCAAUCCUUUUGGAGUUUCAUCGCCCAUUCGGUUUGAUACCGAGCUUAAACACAUUGUAUUCGGCAUUGCAGCCUCCUCCAGGUUAUGGCGAUGGAGGAAAGAAUAUAUCAAGCUAUGGUGGCGACCUGGGGAGACAAGAGGCGCUGUUUGGAUUGAUAAUCAAGUAAGGUCUAGAAAAAACGAAAGCUUACCGGAUAUUCGCAUCUCAAGAGACACAUCCAGGUUUCGUUACACCAACCGUCAAGGAUCCAGGUCUGCCAUCCGUAUCUCCAGGGUGGUUUCAGAGACGGUGAAGCUGGGAUUGGAAGAUGUGCGGUGGUUAGUGAUGGGAGACGAUGACACCGUGUUUGUUUUAGAGAAUUUGGUGAGGAUUCUGUCAAAAUAUAACCAUGAACAGUAUUACUACAUCGGAAGCUCGUCGGAAAGUCAUGUACAAAACAUAUUUUUCUCGUAUGCGAUGGCGUACGGUGGCGCCGGGUUCGCCAUUAGUUACCCUCUGGCUUUAGAACUUGAAAAGAUGCAGGAUCAGUGUAUUCAAAGGUACCCAAGUUUGUACGGAAGUGAUGACAGGAUGCAAGCUUGUAUGGCUGAGCUAAAUGUCCCACUCACUAAAGAAACUGGGCUUCAUCAGUUUGAUGUAUACGGAAACCUUUUAGGUCUAUUGGGAGCACACCCUGUAACUCCAUUGGUGUCACUCCAUCAUCUCGAUAUCGUUGACCCGGUGUUCCCUGGUAUGACCCGAGUCAAAGCGGUAAAACACUUUCUUGAAUCUGCGAAGUAUGAUUCUGCAAGCAUCGCACAACAGUCUAUCUGCUAUGACAAGCGAGGGUGGUCGAUUUUGGUUUCAUGGGGUUUUGCGAUUCAAAUUGUACGAGGAAUCAUCUCUCCAAGAGAGUUGGAGUACCCAACUCGAACGUUUCUUAAUUGGUACAAAAAGCUUGAUUACACUGCGUAUGCGUUCAAUACUAGGCCUGUGGCAAGGCACCCGUGUCAGAAGCCAUUCGUGUUCUACAUGAGUGAAACGAAAUAUGACAAAGUGAGGAAGAAGAUCAUUGGGAUAUAUACUUUGCAUAGGGAAGAAUACCCUGAUUGUCGAUGGAAGAUGGAGUCUCCUGAAACAAUUGAGAACAUUGUUGUCAUAAAGAAUCAAGAUAACUUUCGUUGGCAUAAGGUACGGGACCCUUGGUAUACCUAUAUAUAUCUUAUCUCGAAACAUAUUUAAA